AUGACUGAAGAACGAGUGAAAUUAUGUAGUGAAGUUAUAUUUCAAUGUGCAAUAUGUUGUAAUGAUAUUGAUGAUAAAACAAAUGUUUACGCAUUUGAAUCGUGUCAUUGUCAAUUCUGCAAAGAGUGUAUACGACAGUAUUGUAUGAGUCAAUUAAAUACAGCAUCGGUGCCAAUUCGAUGUCCCAAUGGCGAUUGUAACAGUCGAUUAUCGUUAAAUGAACUCCAUUUACUUCUUAGUGAUACACAAUAUCAACUGUAUAAUAAAUUAUUACUUGAUCACGAGGUGACGAAUGAUCCUCAUCGGCUGUUCUGUCCACAUGUCGAUUGUGGACAAGUACUGUCGAUUAUUGAUGAAAGAAAACUUCACAAAGAAUAUCCAAUGAUUUGUACAAAAUGUAACACAACAUUUUGUUUAAAAUGUCGUUCGCAGUGGCAUCCACACGAACAUUGUUCCGAUCUACUUACACCCUAUGAAAUGGAAGCUGAUUCCAAUAUAAAACGUUGCCCACGAUGUCGUUUUCCAUUAGAAUGGAUUGCUGGCUGUGCACAAAUCAUGUGUGUUAAUUGUAAACAUAUUUUUUGUUGGUAUUGUUUAAAAUCACUGGAUAAUGAUUUUUUCUUAUUACAUUUCGAAAGUGGACCUUGUCGAAAUCGACUUGGCCAUUCUCGUGCAUCAUUAUUUUUACAUCGCCUUACCAUUGCUGGUAUAUUUAUUGGUCUAAUUCUUUUACUUCUCAUUACAAUCCCAUUUCUAAUCUUAACAACACCGUGCUUAUUAUGUUGCCGUUAUAAACAGAUAAAAAAUCGUUUAAAAAAUUUAACGAAAUUAGGACAGCGCUUUCAACAACAGCAAUACACACCAACAGCUCAUCCGUCGCCGUCAUCAUCUUUGAAUCAAUUAAAUAAUUCCUCAUUAGUUGAUAUCGAAGAAGAAACAAGAACUAUGAUUAGAAGUUCGCUAACGAAUAUCAAUCAAUCACGACCAGAACUAUCAUCCGUUUGA